AUGGGUAGUUUUUUGGAAGCAUUACCUUCGCAAUUUUAUUAUAGAAAAAAAUUCGAGUCGUUGUCUCUUGAUUAUUGCUUUUUAGAAGAUAAAGUUGAAAAACUAAAGCCUAAAUUAAUUGACUAUAAUGAAAAUAAAACUGUUUAUGAUCAAAUUCUGAAGGCUUUUUGUUUCGUGAAUUUUUCUAAUAAAGGUGGAGAAUGUAAUAAUCAAUGCUAUAAUUUGUACUAUUGGAUAGGAGACAAAUUGUCUAGUUUUUUGAAUGACAAUAUUUCAUUUUGGAAAGGUUUUAAAAUAAUUUACGAUGGCUUUAGAAAUACUUCUUCGAAUAAUAAAUGCAACUGUAUAUUUUUUAGUGAUACUGAUAAGGAGAACUUUAAAAGAAUGAAGAUUGUCCAUGAUUAUUGUGAAGAUCAUGAGUCAAUUAAACAAACUCUUAGAACUAAUAAUAAUGUUUGUAGUUAUGAAUUUCAAGAAUACCUUAAAGAAGCUGUUAGUACGUAUAAGAAAGUUUAUAGUGAAUGUGAAUCAAAUGGAUCACCAUCAUAUUGUGUUGAACUUAAAAAACAUGUUCCUGUUUGCCUUGUUGAAAAAUUAGAAGAUUUAACUUGUGAAUUAAAAAAAGUUUCCUUAGAAUUAGAAGGUUCAGGUGGAUUUAAUUAUCGUUCAUCUGAUGGAUUAGGAAGUACGAAUGAUCCUUCUACCUUCGAUUCAUCUCAAAUUUUCAUGUCGAUUUUUUUUCCUGUUGUAGGAAUUUUAUUCAUUUCCUUCAUGAUAUAUAAGUUUACUCCACUAUUAUCUUGUAUAAGAACUCAAUUACGAAGAAAAACGUUACUUGGAAAUAAUUUGGAUGGUGAGGAUACACAUGAAUUAGAGGAAUAUGGGUUUAUGCAUAAAAAUUUAAAUUUACAGAGAAGACAUUUAAAUGUAUAUUAUCAUCCUUCAUAA